AUGUCCUACUCGUACCCGACGAUCCUCAUCCUCUCGGUGACGGGCAUCUUCACAUUCCUCACCGUCGUGGCCGCGACCGUCUACUUUGCGGGCUACGCCGACGACGUCGCCGAAUGGUGGGCCAAGCGGUAUUACAAGGCCAAGGCCGUCGCCGAGGUCAAGCUGAUGGAGAACGUGGGCGAGGACAAGGUCCAGGGGUUGGUCAAAGACUCGCUGAAGAAGAACCCCGUCAUGGGCAAAGACGAACUCGACCAGGUCUCGGGCGGUCUGGGCCAGGAGGCCGUCAACGAGGGUCUCGGCGGUGUCAGUGGCAAGCUGGGCGGGUUGGGGAAGUUUGAGAAAUUUGAAAUUCAGAGCCAAAUCUUGCAGCUCAUCAUCGUCGUGAUCGGGAGACUGAUCUAUAAUGCGUUCUUUCAUCCACUCAGUGCAUAUCCCGGACCUAAGCUCUGGGCAGCCUCAAGACUGCCAUGGUUUUGGUCAACGACGCACGGGAGGAUUUAUAAAGAUCUAACAAGUCUUCACAUGAAAUAUGGUCCCGUGGUGAGAAUUGCGCCGAAAGAAUUGUCAUAUGCGUCAGGUGAGGCAUGGAAGUCAAUAUACGGUCAUCGACCUGUUGAGAUGCCCAAGGAUCUCCGUGGUGCGGGUCUGCUCCCUACCUUUGCUGAAGGUGAUUCCCUCACUCAUGCAAAUCGGGAAUCACAUCAGCGCAUGAGGCGAGCCAUGUCCCACGCCUUCUCCGAGAAGGCCCUUCGCGAACAAGAAGAAAUUAUUCAGUCCUAUGUCGAUCUCUUGAUGAGCAAACUGGAAAACAUCUGCCAAAGAGAACCGCAAGACCUUGUCAAGUGGUUCAAUUGGACGACAUUUGACAUCAUGGGCGAUCUUGCGUUCGGCGAACCGUUUCAUGGCCUCGCAACCGGUGGAUACCAUGAAUGGGUGACACUCAUCUUCAACGGGGUCAAGGUCUACCCGUGGCUGCAGGCUGUGGUUUACUACAAGCUGCUUAGGCUCAGUCGGUGGUUAGUUCCACAAAAGUAUUCCCAGGCGAAAAAAGACGCAGAUGCGUUGGCUUAUCAGAAGGUUGAGCAGCGGGUUGCUCGCACGAAUAUCGACCGAAAGGAUUUUCUCUGGUAUAUCCUGCGCCACAACGACCCUAAACUCGGCUUGACCAUGCCCGAGAUACAAGAAAACGCCGUGAUCUUGAUCAUUGCAGGAAGCGAGACUACUGCAACUUUUUUGUCAGGUCUCAUGUAUCUCCUCCUCAGUAACCCAAAGGUUUACAAACGUUUGGUUGAUGAAGUGCGGACGAGCUACACAUCUUACGAUGAUAUCACCAUGGUCAAGUCGCAGAGUCUCGUCUAUCUUGACGCCGUGAUCCACGAGGGUUUUCGGAUCUAUCCCCCUGCACCUGCAACUACGCCCCGCAUUGUUCCUGGUAAGGGCGAGAACAUCCUAGGACAGUGGGUACCCGGAGACACGACCGUUGGCGUGGCACCUUACGCUGCCAGCCAUGAUCCCAGGAACUUCUUCCGCCCAGAAGACUUCCUGCCCGAACGCUGGCUGUCUGCGGACAAGCAUGCUGAUGGUGAUGUUGCGGCUGACAAGUUCAGUGGAGACGACAGAGCAGCAAUGCAACCCUUCUCCUUUGGGCCGCGGAAUUGUAUCGGAAUGAAUAUGGCAUACUCCGAAAUACGUCUGAUUGUAUCCAAGCUCCUGUGGAGGUUUGAUCUCAAACUUGCAGCUUGCCAUCAAGGAGGCAACUGGCUCGACCAGGAGAUGUACACUCUCUGGGAGAAGCCCCCUCUCAUGGUAGAACUAGUGCCUGCAUGUGGGAGUGAGUGA